CCUUGAAUUUGUUUUAUUUCAAUGUUUCAGAUACCAUAAGACUCAAUAUGGAUUUUGACACUCAACAAUCGGCGGUGAACAAACGCAAGCGGUCUUGCAAUGAGGAACGUGAAUUUGAAGCAAAGAAACUGAAGCUUCAAUCUGACACAGAUCUGAAUGGUUCACUACAACCUCCAAUUUAUCAUGGAAAGGAAAUUUCUCUCGAACAACAAGUAUUCGAAACCCAGCCAAUCAAAAUCGAGUCCGAAAAUGACGAUCAGCAAGCAAGAGGAAAUAAGGACGACUUGGAUUCUGAUUGUUUUAGAGAAAUAGAUGAAUCUGUUGACGAGUCCAGUCACGGUAAAGAAAUAUUAUUUAAUCCUGUAGAAAUAUUAACCUUUGGAUCCGAAACUACUUCUUCGACAAACUUAAUAGAUGUCAAAGAAGAUAAAGAUGGAAAUUGCAUUGAACAUGCAGAGGAUUCCAAAAAAACCUAUAUACCAAUUGAAGUAAGCAGCACAAAAAACUUCGAAAAUGAAAAUAAAAAUCAAGCACAAUCGCCAAAAUACAUAGAAAAGCAGUUUGAAAAUCUCUCAAGAGAAUCAAGCCCAAUUUCCUUUUGGGAUGAGAAUUCAAGUGCUAUGGUCUCCAAACCAGAAACUACUAUUUCAAUACAACUGCAAGUACCAGAAAACAAAGAGAACGAAUAUGUAAGUAAUCAAGGAGAUGCCAGCCAAGUCUCCAAAUGCAAUGAAGGCUCAUUUGAUUCAGAAAUACUGAGCGAAAAAGAGUCUUCUAAAAAUUACGACAUUUAUAUUGAAAAAGAUGGCGAUACAAAUGUAAGCGAAUCAACGUUGAUUGUCAAAGAAAUAGUUAUUGAAGAAAACGGACCAGCCCCUGAAAGUCUCGACCACUCAGAAAGAAAGGAGGAGGUCAGUGGGUCUUUGGAGAAAAAUGAUGAUGGCACUAAAGACAGGAAUGACCCUAAAGAUAAGGACGAUUCCGAAAAAUAUUUGUACAGGUUACUUCGACCUGAAGAAACUUAUAAUUAUGGAAUCUUCCCCAAAAAUAGACAUUCCAGUACAAGCCUUGAAGACCAUGUUCGUAGUGGUUCUAGUAGCAAUAUAAGGUCAAAGUUCAUUUCCUGCUCUAAAUCGUUAGACAAGAUCAGGCUAUUUGCCGGAAUGAUCCGGAGAAGCUUGCGUCACGAGUUAAGGCACAUUGUGCGAAUUGACCGCACCCUCAUGGGAAGCGAUUUAGAGGAAAUAGAUCUCACUGACACAAGCGUCCGAGAAACACGCCUCAUGAGUGAAAGAUCAAGAAAAAACUCAUUAAGAUUUGAAGAGAUUAUAUUGGUUCCGACAGAAUGCAUACCUGCUGCAAGCGUUAAGAGGAUUGGCCAUGUCCAGAAUGGCUCUAUUCAUAUUGAUGAUUAAAAAUCCAAUAGAUAUCUACGAUACCACAUAUGAAAAAAAAAAACAAAAUUGGUAACGAAAUAGUGAAGAUGCCUUCUGUUUUCAUUGUGACAUUAAACGAUAUGUGUGAUUUUUCAAGCUUUAAUAAUUUUUUUUUCUUAACAAGUUUAUAUUAUUAAUGCAUAAAAAUAUGCUAUUUAUUUUAUUAUAAUUUAUUUAUUUAUUUUCUUUAAAUUAGAAAUACUCU